UUUACACCUCACAGCUGAUUGGGGGAGAGUGCCACGUUUUGCCCCUCCAUGGAUUUUGAGAGCCUGCUUUAGAGUACGUAGCACUGGUGGCCGGGAAAGUUAAACCGUGGAGGAGGUGAGAGGCGGCGGGCGAGGCAGAUGAGACAUGGGGAAGGGCAAGAGGAGUAAUAAGAGGAGUGCUAAGGCCGGCCACUGCUCCUCCAAGUCUCCCUCCAAGGUGGUGGCGGGGGGACCAGGGACACAAACAACAGCAGUGUCCGAACAGAACCACAUCAUCGCCAUGGGGGAAACUUCGGCCCAGCAGAGAUACCAAAGAAAGGGAGGCAGUGCUAAGCAAGCAAACGGAUCCAGCAUGAUUGGGACGGCGCCCACGCUAGAGGAGAAGCUCAUUGAGAAGAGUGAACGGGAGAGGCUUGUGGUGUGGCGGCAGCCAGUCACCACUCUCCACUAUUUUGUGCGAGAGUGUGGCAUUCUAGGCAGGGAAUAUAUGGCCAAAUUGUGGAGAUAUAAGAAGAUGGUGUUGUUAAUAGCAAUGAUCGUAGGCAGUUACUAUGCUGCAUACAGGACUCCAGGCCCCCACCAGCCAUUACUUCAAAGCAUAGCCAAAAAAUUUUGGUGGUGCUGGUGGUGGUUGUGGCUGGGCAUCCUCUCCUCAGUGGGUCUAGGCACAGGGCUGCACACCUUCCUGCUGUACUUGGGGCCCCACAUAGCAUCUGUCACCCUCGCUGCUUACUCCUGUAACUCGGUGGAAUUUCCCUCUCCUCCUUACCCUGACGACAUCCUGUGUCCUGAAGAGGAGGUCUUAGGGAAGGAGAUGUCCAUCCUUACCAUCAUGUCCAAAGUUCGGCUUGAGGCCUUCAUGUGGGGAGCUGGCACAGCGCUAGGUGAACUGCCUCCGUACUUCAUGGCGCGAGGGGCCCGGCUGUCCGGCUAUGACCCCGAUGAUGAGGAGAUGGCAGAGUUCGAGGAACUGCAGCGGCUGAAAGAGCGGCCAGAGGACAUGUCUUUUUUGGACCGUGCCAAGCUGUCUGUUGAAAAGUUGGUGGAGCGAGUGGGCUUCUUUGGCAUCCUGGCAUGUGCCUCGAUUCCCAACCCACUAUUUGAUCUGGCCGGCAUCACCUGUGGACACUUCUUGGUUCCAUUCUGGACCUUCUUUGGUGCCACACUGAUUGGCAAGGCCAUCAUCAAGAUGCACAUCCAGAAAAUGUUUGUUAUUAUUGCCUUCAAUGAAUCCUUGCUAGCACGGGCUGUGGGGCUCCUAGCGCUCCUCCCAGUGGUGGGCCCCAAGCUGGAGCAGCCCUUCAAAACAUUCCUGGAGAAGCAGAGAAAAAAGUUCCAUAGAAAACCUGGCACUGGAGCAUCAGGACAGGAUCAAGCAAAUAUCCUGGCAUGGGUCUUUGAAAAGCUGAUCCUGCUGAUGAUUUUCUACUUUGUGUUGAGCAUAGUGAACUCCUUCGCCCAGAGCUACCACAAACGGAUACACAAGAGGAAUCGUGAGCGAAAGGCAGCCCAGGACUGAUGGAGUGGGGAACAGUCUCCUGGGUGUGAAUUGGGCCAGGGUGUCAGUCAGUGUUGCCUUGUGGUGGAGCACUGCACUGGGAAGUGGAUGUGUGUGUGGUAAUGCAUAAGUACUGGACUGUGAAUUACAUGCGUUUAUUUCUAUUUGAUUUUAAUAUUAUUAUUGUUAUUUAUUUAUUUUCAUUUAUUUUAGUUGUUAUUUAGUUUUAUUCUUACUAUUUUAAAUUUGUUAAAGUGUGACUAGGUGUGUCUGAUAAAAAUUAUUCAUAUUAAUUGUUAUGUUAGUGAGGCCAGUCAGUGUUUCUUGAAGCAUUCCCUACCCUUAGUCUACCUCCACCACCCUCCUUUGCUCCAGGGACAGGCUUGGACAAACUCAGUUUUCACUUUACUAUGUUUUACCUUUUCUUACCUGCAAGUUUUACGAAAACCUGUAUUUCUGUACUGUUUGUAAGUACAAACAGUGGUGUUAGUUAUGGAGUCUUUCACAUACUGCCAGAUGCACUGCCAAGCAAUCAUUCCUCCCAAGAACAAUGCUUGUCAACAUUAUCCAAACACUCCAAUUUACUAUUAAAACUUGCUAUAUCAGUCUUGAGUAUGUUGAAAGCUGGUGAUAUCAAACUGUUGAGAUGAGUGAUACUCUCCACAUCACAGACAUAUCAGUAUAUCAGCAUACCUCACAGGUACACAGGUCUGGUACACAAUAUCUGAGGUGGUGGUGCCAGCAUGUAGUGGCCCAUGCACGCUGCUGUUCCAGGGCAUGGCAGGUGGCAUUCAAUGCUGUGAGGUGUAUUGCUUGUGCUGUAGGUUUAGCACAUAAAGUAUUGGACAUUAUCAUGAUUCCUGUAAGUGUAUCUGAAUUACUACUAUCAUAUACUCAAAUCUGGAUGGUAGCUACAUACAAAUAAAUGCCUGUCACAUG